AUGCCUCGUGUAUCUGCUCGUUCCCGUUUCAAUGCUCGUCGAUCCACGCCAUCAUCAUCAUCAUCAUCAUCAUCAUCAUCAUCAUCAUCAUCAUCAUCAUCAUCAUCCACUAUCAGCAACGCAAUCCGUGAACAAGAAAUUAAGUUGAAAGCUCUCGCAUCGAAAGAAAAAGCCAGGCCCUACCAGACAAUCAGAUCUUAUUCAUCAAGACAGAAAAGAUUCAAGGAAUGGUGUGAAGCAUGUGGUUAUGAGGAUGGAUAUCUUGCUACAGGAGGGAAAAUGCUACGCUAUCUACAGGACGUUGUUGUACCUGAAGGCAACCUACGAAAGGCGACCCAUACCCGCUCACCACAGGAUCCAUUACGCAGUAUGCUAAAGCCAUUGUCGAUUUAUAUCAAAGUCAACGCACAGCGUAGUCGUGACAUGUACAUUGAUCGUGGCAUUGGAAGCAUUCAGGAUGGAUACACAAUGGACGAGAUGGUGAAAGUGAGCGAGUAUUUUUUUAUCAACGGCCAAGAACCACAUCAACGUGAACGAAUGACCUUUCUUCUCGAGCAUGUUAUGCUUUUGCGUGGUGACGACACGAGGUCUCUCGAGCUAGCGGAUAUAUUUGUGCAAUUUGCGGAGGAAGGUCCUACAAAGUGCCCAGUACUCGUUGUCAUGUUGGAGAGUGGAAAGACGAAUCAGCGUCAUGAAAAGCAGUAUGUUGCUGGUAUCCGCCAUAAGGAUGUGCGUAUUUGUGCGCUUGGUGCAAUGGCUAUAUAUUUCUUUUAUCGGUGGCAAUUACUUCAAGGGAAAGAUUCUGAAGAAUUCCCUACUUUCGAUUCCAAUCGCUGGUUUGAUACUAAGGUGUGCAAGGGCUUCGACAAGACGAAGAAAAUCAAUUAUGUUACUCAAUACAGAAUGAUUACCAAAGCCUUCAACGCAUGCAAUAUCCACAGCAGACACAAGACACACCCUGGCAGAGGAUCAGGUGCUCGACAAGCAGAGGCUGCAGGUGUUUCUGAAGACAAUUUAAAGAGGCAUGGUCGCUGGGAGACUGGCAGCAUGGGCACUCAUUAUCUACUGUAA